AUGGCUACGGACUCGUCGUUUUACGAUUCUUGCUCAACCGGAAGUUGGGACACUGAGAUCAACUCGGAUGACGGAGAAGAUUACCGUCGAGGUGAUGACGACGAUUUCCCUAGGACAGCACAGAGACUCAAGCCGCUUUUGACAUUGAGCUUUAACAACUGGGGAAAAGAAAGUCACCAGAGACCCAGACUUCUGUUUCGGGCUUUCGAGCCUGAACACGGAUUGCGUGCUCGCUGCUUUCUGGACAUGCGUCCUUCAACACUUCCACCGCCACCGCCCACGUACGGCGGCAACAAAUUCGGAUCGUUGGUUUAUCGACAUCUUAUCACAGACAAAACGUUUUCUUCCCCUUAUUUGUCUUUUACACAAAAUCCAAAAAGGGCGAUAGAAGCACACCUCGCUAAGAGCUCAGCACACCUCUCUAUAGCAGUCAUUGACUAUAAUGUUCUCGAAGAGGAGAUUAAGAGAUUAUAUGGCACAGGCAAUGGGCCUUGGCUUGUUCCAAGUAUCGUCACAGACUAUGGAUUUAAGGACCUAAAGAAGAUUGAAAAGGAUCAGCCUGUUAAGCAGGGUGUCAAAGGGCAGGAGGGUUACACAGGAAGGGGCGAGUUCCUAAUCUGGGGCUCUGUGCCCUGUGAUCCUGUCGCUAUCCUGUGUUGCGAGGAAGCCCUCCAGGUAUAUGAAGUUCUAAACUCGCUGAAAGAUUCCGGAUCAGUUAUCGAUUACGCCUCCGGUGUGUCUAUUGGCCAAUGUCUAAAGAGUAUACCGUCUAUGUACAAAGCAGUCGUGGCCCGAAAACUUAUCAAUGCCUUCAAGAUUCCCGGGUAUGAAAAGGCUCGCGACAAUAUUUAUCUGAAGAAAUUCAUACAAGGAGUUGAGGCCAGUUCACCAGAACCUAGCGAUUCGGAUUCCCUUCCCGACGAAGUUAUCUUGAGUCGAGUACGUAACAGGUCAAGGAGCGCGGAGACAGUCAAGUAUUCUAAGUCGGCUCGGAUGACAGAGAGGGUGCACGUCACAGUUGAGGCACGAGAGAAGAUGUUGAGGUCUGCCAAUACAGCCUUACCGUGUCCCGAACCAGCUGAAGAUCUACAGGAUCUUCUAGAUUGUCAACUCGCAGAAAUGGGAUCAGAAUUUGGCGUUACUACAGCGCCCUUCGACAGUCCUACAUUGUCUCGGAGCAACGCUACAAUAUCGGGCUUUAGGAGAACACCUGACCAGAGUCCCAGUGAAGGAAUAAGACUCAAACCAACCGAAGUGCAAAUGGACACCGGCGGUGACCGGAUGGAGGAAGAGGAUAAGACUGCAGACGAUACCGUCGAGAGUUCUCGACCUCAAGAACAUAUCAAACACGUCGAUGACCCUGAGGUCGAUAUCUUCGCGUGGCAGGUGCGGUGGUGGGCGACGAUUCCGACGCCAACUCCAACUCCACUUCCUGUUUACACGAGGGAGCUACAUAAUCUCUCAACCUCGCAGCCGAAUGAUUCGACGACAAAGUCUAACCGAACAGAGAAGAGAGACAGAGAACCUGCUAUGACGGAGCAAGUGGUCAUUCCCCCACAAUGUCCAACAGCAUGUCAGACAGAGAAGGAAGCAUUAUCGUCCAAUAUCAUCGACUUAACGACGGAGGACACCAACUGUCAUGCAUCAGAAAAGGCGGCAAGUCUGAAGAAUACCAACAGACUUGGGGCGAAAAGGCAUCAGCGGAGACACGCAGUUACGAAAACAAGAACCAAAAUUACCUCGAACUCGAACUCGACCUCGACUUUCAGGAAAGUCGACGUACGGCGCGGUAACUCUCACCGAAUGAAUUGUCCUUCCAAAGCCGCGCAUGUCGAUACCUCCAUACUCAGCAGCCUGACCGAAGACGAGGACGAGAUUCAAAUCAUCGCAGAAAGAAGAUAUCAUAACCGACGUCGGCAUGUCCGAAGAACUAAAACAAUUAUCACAAUUCGCAGUCGGAGUUUGAGUGAGAGUAUCAUCUUCAAUCAGCGAGGCUAAGACACGAAUCCUAGGUCAUCCAAAUCGGUCGUCUCAUCAUCUCUCGGAAUCGUGGCUCUUGCUGUCUUCUUGGGGCUGUUCAACCUUGUUGGAGAGGUGUAAAUUCCGAAGGGCUACUUCUUUCUAAACACGCAAGGGCAGAUUCUAAUGUACGACAUUCCUUGGGCAUCGCUAGAGUUGCAGCUGUGAGGUGUAUCGUACUGGGACAGAGCAUUCAUGUUUUUGCUGUCCAUUUGCUAUCGUGACGGCGGAGGAAUUAAGUGUACACGCUUCAUGCCAACUCAUUGCUUCUACCUUCAAGCAACAGAGCUGUCAACGGCAGAUAGAGUGACCCCCUCUUGAAG